GGGCGAAUGGCGAGUCCGCGCACAGCGGCUGGAAGGAUGUCGGGCGCCUGGGCGGGCGGGCGGUCGCCGAGCGGGAGCAGCGCCCGGCCCUGCUCUUCGGCGGCACCGUGAAGCGGAGAGAAACCUUCCAUGUCGCCUCUUGGGUAGCCGUCUGGGGGCUUGCAUUCAGCCCAGCCUGUCUCCCUUCUUUAUGAAUAUUGGCUGGAGAUGCAUUUGGAUUUGUGUAUACAAGGUGUGUCCUGACUGACUUCGAAGGGAUUGGAGGAAAAGAAGAUUACUCCAUUGAAUGGAUCCCUUUAGUGUGGGUGAUCCCAUUGCUUAUGCAGAAUUCAUGAAAGCUCAAGGAAAUAAAGAUUUCAAAAAUGGGAAUUACUCUAUAGCCAUCAAAAAGUAUGAUGAAGCAAUACGUGUAAUGACAUAUUUGGGCCAAACAAGUGGUCUCUAUCACCAUCGAGAAAUGGCAGUUUUAUUGUGCAAUCGAUCAAAUGCGUUUUACAAUUUGAGUAAAUGGAAUGAAGCCUAUUACUCAGCCCAAGAUAGUCUCCAGUGGGAUCCGACUUAUGUUAAGGGGUACUAUAGAAUUGGUUAUUCUCUUAUUAAAUUGUCACGUCCCCUAGAUGCUGCUGGAAUAUUUUGUCAAGGUUUGAACUUUCUUCAGCGUUCAUCGGAUGUGGGUCAGGUCUCUGACUUUAUCGUUGGUAUCUUCUCAAGUGUUAACAAUGUAAGGGCUAUUACUCCAAAUAUUUUAUCGAUCUGUAAGAAAAUUGUGAGUGAUGGUUUCAGUCCACUGGUUUGGCAGCAGGUGAUUGAAAAGUUGGUGAGGAAAGGUUUGUGGCAGGCUUGCCUAUUGCUAGCUGCUGAGAAAGACAAGUUGCCAAGGAAUCUACGUGUUGCCACUUUGUCACUGAAAGAUCUGUUUGAGAAAUAUGUCCUUCAGGGCCAAUAUGAAAGAAUGGAAAGGGUGCCUAAACUAGUGGAAUGGCUGAUCUCUAUUGGAGCAAGUGUAGAGAGCCUUGGAGCCCAUCCUCUCCAUGCCGUCAUCAUGCUUUGUAUCAGAGCAAAAGGAAACCACCUUUUCCAGUGGUUACUGAAUCAUAAGCCUGAAUUGAAGGAUCAUAUCAACCAGCAAAAUGAAGAUGGCUUCACAGUUCUCCAUAUUGUAGCCUCCCAGUCCAGUGGUUAUACUUUGAGAAAUCAAAUAGAAGAUGUGGUUAUGCUUCUCAGUGCUGGGGUGAAUCCAAUGAUCCGUGAUAAACAGUCAAGGUCUGCCAUGGAUAUCUUGAAGAAAAACAAGAAAUUUAAGGUGCUGGAUAUCCUCGACAAGCACAUUGCCAGGCGUAUGUCAGACGUGCAGGAGUCACCAGCAAGAGAGACUGAAAGCAGAGCCUCUGCGGAUGCUGCCACCUCACUUCAAGAAGCUUUUGAUCAAUUUGUGCAAGUUUGUUCGGAAAACACUGGCCAGAACAUCAACCUGUUAAAGCAUGAAAAAGUCCAGAAUCUUUUGAAAUUGCUGUCUGCAGUGAAAGAAAUUCCUGGAGAAAUAAUCUGUGAAAUUCCUCCUGCCCUUGCUAGCAGAUUUAUAAAGCUUUUGCUCAAGAAGCAAAAGUGGCAUGAAGCACUGUUACUGCUCACCUGGAAGGCUACGGAGGAGGUGGCAUCCAAAGAUGGUGUCCUUAAAAAUUGCAAUCUCUCAGACUUCAACAUUAACACUGUCUUGGAAAACAUGCACCAAUCGGAUAAACAACGAAUACAACUCAUAAAAUGCCUGAUAGAAAGAAAAGCAUCACCUGAGGGAACUGGAGUUGUCCAUGAAAAACCACUACAGAAAUGCUUAAAAAACAAUGACUUUGAGUUGGCAUAUUUGUUGCUCACCUCUGGUGCUGAUCCUCGUUCUGUAUCUAUCGUGGAAGGUGAUACUCCCUUACAUGCUGCCUUGUCCAUUUAUUUUGACAGAAAUGAUUGCAUUGGUUUCCAGUUCCUGCAUUUUCUUCUUGAGUUGUAUGAUUCAAAUCCAUCUACAUUUCCAUAUCUUAAUCCCAAUACUCAAGACAAGAAUGGAAACACAGUACUGCACAUUAUUUUUCAAAAAAACCCAACAAAGCAAGUCAAGAAAAUGUUAGGUUUGUUGGCAAAGUUUGACAUUAACUUAAACUUAAAAAAUAGUUCUGGCAGAGAUGUGCGUCACAAGAGGAAGAAGAAUGACCCAAUGCUUGUAGCUUGGAAUGAAGCUGUAGCUGAGGCCAGGAAGAAAUGUCGGCAUGAUUUAGUGGGACAGCAAGCUAAAAUGCCUCCAUCUUCCAGCAGGUCAGAAGCCAAAAGUUCGAUCCAUUCUUCAACUGCACAGGUAUCCAAAAUGCAAUCUGGACAGCUGUCACAAGACAAGGAGCUAAAAGCAGAUGCCACUUCGCAUAAACAGAAAGUAAGAGAAGAUGCUACAGUAAAGAACUCAGCACUUGCCAAUAUUAAUAAGCCAUUGACUCUGAGGGAAUGUCUUGUGCAUGAAAUCAUGCAGUUAAUCCAUGCACUGUGUGAAGUCUCAGCAAAAAUGGAUUCAGCAACACCCGAAGUAGUCAAUCCAUGCUCUUCUGUUGCUAAAGGUGAAAGGGAUGGGGAUGAACAGAUCUGUGGCCAGGAGAAUCUGGUUUAUAAUGGUGGACAAAAUGCUUGCCUGACAAAAGAUGAUUCAAUGGAGGGCCCCCAUGAUGAACCUGACAAGGUGAAACGAGAACAGGAGGAAGAAGAAGCCUGUCCUGAAGAUGAUGAGGAGUUUCAGGAUAUUAAGACACAAAUUGAGGACUUUGAUAAAAUGACAUGGGAAAUAGAGUGCACUUCUGAAAUGCUAAAGAAGCUGGGAAGCAAGCAGAUGCCUUCUUAUAUGAAGAAUAAAGUAAUCUUUGUAAUUCAACAGCUGGGAAAUGGAGAAUGGACCCAGAGUCUACAAAAGCGACUAGAACACUUGAAAAGUGACAUUCAGCUGUAUGAAGCAAAGUUGACCAAAGGGGCAAGAAUGUUGUGGGAGGUUGCAAUAGACUUUUCUCCUCGUUGCAGUGAUAGUGCAGAAACCAUAAUAGAGAAUGAGCAUUCUACUCAUCCAGCAAUAAAAACAGGGAGAGUUUACACAGAAAUUAUUCGGAUAUGGGAUAUUGUCCCAGAUCAUAACAAACUCAACCGUGCCAUUGAAGCUAUAUGCACUGCAUACAAUCGUGGGCGUUCUUGUAUUUUGAGGAAAAAACUCAAAGGUGUAGAUACAGCAUUGAUUUCUUCAAAUAUAAAAAUACAAAAGCGCUUUCCUCGCAUUUAUAUUGAAGACACCAAAGCAGACAAAUCAAAAGUUUCUGUUGUGCCUGAGUACUUUCCCCCAGCUAGUGCAGUGGAAACUGAAUACAACAUCAUGAAAUUUCACAGUUUCAGUACUAACAUGGCACUUAACAUCAUAAAUGAUAUGACAGCUGCUGUGGAGUACCCUUUCAGAGUUGGUGAAUUGGAAUAUGCCGUCAUUGACUUGAAUCCUAAGCCCCUUGAGCCCAUAAUCUUAAUUGGACGGAGUGGAACAGGAAAGACCACGUGUUGCUUGUACAAGCUUUGGAAAAAAUUUCAUUCUUAUUGGGUGAGGGCACAGUUGGCAGACGGCCCACUACUGGUCAGACAGGUAUGGCACAGACAAAAGUUUAAUAUGCAGUUGGAGGAGAACGGCAGCAAGGAAGAGGAUUCUGAUGAAAAACAAAAUGGCUGUGACCCUACUGAUUCAGUGGAAUUGGAUACAUCUGUAAGUACUGAUAAUGAGCAGGAAACAGAUGAGGAUGACCCGUGUUCUUCAGCUGUAGAGGACUCAGAUGUGAAUUCAGUAUGUGACUGUGAUGAGGCAGAGGAACACACUGCAGAAGUAUCUGACAAAUUGGAACACUUGCAUCAGAUCUUUGUUACUAAAAAUCAUGUUCUCUGUCAAGAGGUUCAAAGAAAUUUCAUUGAGCUUAGUAAAUCUUCUAAGGAAACCAGUCAUUUCAGACCCCUUGAAGCAAAUGUUUUCAGACUUCAGGAUGUUACAGAUGAAAAUUUCCCCCUCUUUCUCACAUCCAAACAGUUGCUGCUUUUACUUGAUGCCUCUCUGCCUGACCCAUUUUUCCUUAGGAAUGAAGAUGGAAGUCUCAAACAUACCAUUGCUGGAUGGUCUACUAAAGAUGAAGCAAUUAUCUCAAAUUGGCAAGAGGAGGAUGAAGACAUUGAGGUAGAGUAUGAUGAAGAUGAGAAAACUGCAGAAGUUCAAACAAGAGAGAGUGAUCUUCGUGUCUUUGUUACUUACGGUGUAUUUGCUAAGAAGAUCUGGCCUGAAAUGGUAAAAGGCAGGCACUGGUCUGGAAAGAAGUACAACCCAGCACUGGUCUGGAAAGAAAUAAAAUCCUUUUUGAAGGGGUCAUUUGAGGCAAUGAACAGUCACCAAGGCAUACUUUCAAAAGAAGACUACAAAAAACUUGGCCAAAAGAGGUCCCCAAACUUUAAAGAAGACCGUAAUGAAAUUUAUCAACUCUUUUGUCUUUAUCAGCAAAUAAAAUCUCAAGGAAAUUAUUUUGAUGAGGAAGAUGUCCUGCAUAAGUUGUUUCAGCGACUCUCUAAACUCAGUGUUCUACCAUGGUGUAUCCAUGAACUUUAUGGUGAUGAAAUUCAGGAUUUUACUCAGGCAGAGCUAGCAUUGUUGAUGAAAUGUAUUGAUGACCCUAAUGCAAUGUUCCUGACUGGUGACACAGCACAGAGCAUCAUGGAAGGAGUCGCUUUUCGUUUCAGUGACUUGAGGUCACUUUUCCACUAUGCCAGUAAAAGCAAUAAUGAGAAGAAACAAUGUGUUGUUCGAAAACCAAGAAGGAUAUACCAGCUUUAUCAGAACUAUCGAUCUCAUUCAGGGAUUCUCUACAUGGCCUCAGGAGUUGUUGAUUUGCUUCAGUACUACUUCCCAGAAUCGUUUGAUCGGCUUCCUAGGGAUAGAGGCCUGUUUGAAGGUCCUAAACCAACAGUCUUGGAAUCCUGCAGUGUUAGCGAUCUAGCAAUCCUGCUGAGAGGCAACAAAAGAAGAACUCAACCGAUAGAAUUUGGAGCACAUCAGGUGAUUAUAGUAGCAAACGAAACAGCAAAGGAGAAGAUUCCCGAGGAACUUAGUUUAGCUCUUGUGCUCACAAUUUAUGAAGCAAAAGGCUUGGAAUUUGAUGAUGUGCUCCUUUACAACUUUUUCACAGAUUCAGAGGCAUACAAAGAAUGGAAAAUAAUAUCAUCUUUCCCACUUUCCUGUUCCUUGGUUGAAGAAACUGAACUGAUUCUUGAAACAUCUUUGGAGAAAGAUGUUGAAGCUGAAAGAAAAUCUCUUCUGAACCUAGAAAUGUACAAGAUGCUCAAUGGAGAGCUGAAACAAUUAUAUACUGCUAUUACAAGAGCCAGGGUCAAUCUGUGGAUCUUUGAUGAAAACAGUGACAGACGUGCCCCUGCGUUCCAGUAUUUCAUUAAGAGAGAACUUGUUAAGGUUGUCAAAACAGAUGAAAAUGAAGAUUUGGAUGACACCAUGUUUGUUAAAACAUCAACACCAGAAGAAUGGGUUGCACAAGGGGAAUAUUACGCUAAACAUCAAUGUUGGAAGGUGGCUGCUAAGUGCUAUCAAAAGGGUGGAGCAACUGAGAAGGAAAAACUGGCUUUGGCACAUGAUGCUGUGCUUAAAGUUCAGUCAAAGAAAAUCAGCCCCAAGGAAAAGCAAAUGGAAUACAUGGAUUUGGCUAAAACGUAUCUAGAAUGUGGUGAGCCAAAUUUGGCUCUCAAAUGUCUGUUUCAUGCCAAAGAGUACCAGCUUUCUGCGCAGCUAUGUGAAAAAUUGGGAAAGGUGAAAGAGGCUGCUUUUUUCUAUAAAAGAGGCCAGUGCUACAAGGAUGCAUACAGAUGCUUUGAGCGGAUCCAAGAGUUUGAUCUAGCAAUUAAAAUGUGUUGCCAGGAGGAACUGUAUGAAGAAGCAGCAAAAUCUGUUGAAAGAUAUGAGAGAAUGCUACAGCAAGAAAAGAACUUACGUUCCAAACUUUCAUACACAGCAAAUCAAUUUUAUUUGGAAGCAGCUGCAAAGUAUUUGCGUGUGAACAAGACCAGUGAUAUGAUGGUGAUGCUCUCUCAUCUUGGGACUGAAGAUCAGCUCGUGUUCUUGAAAACACAUCAACAGUUUUCUGAGGCAGCUAACCUCUUGAAGAAGAAUGGCAGAGAUGAAGAAGCAGCAAAGCUUAUGAAACAGCAUGGAUUUGUGUUGGAAGCAGCAAAACUCACUAAUCAACCGGACUUCCGAGCAUCUUGUUUGCUUGCUGCAUCCCGCCAUAGCAUGGCAGGCUCCUAUAAGCUGGAGAACUUGAGGGCCAUCUUGGAAGAAACCUUAGAGUUGUGUGAACAAACAAACCAAUUGGCUGGCAGUGCAGAGGCAACUUAUAUGAUGGGCAUUCUGGAGAAAGACUUCCAAACAUUGGAGAAGGCCUUUCAUAUGUUUCUGGAUGUGAAUCACAAUGCUUGUGCAGUAGAGGCUGUAUUUCAGUCAAUCCAUUGUGAAGGACCAAGUGAGGCCAUCCUGAGAUUAGCAUCACAUGGCAUUGAGGCACUUCUGAACCUGGUCAAAGCAUUCCAAAAAGCUGACACUAAUGCUGAAAGAGAAAUGGUGAAGUCAUGUUUUGAAUACUUUGGGAUUGUGCCAAUAGACAAGAAGAUUUGCCAGGUUACCCAGAAUGAAGCAGGAUGCAGUCUAGAGGCUUUCUCUGAAAUGUUUAAUCUGAGAGAGAAGAAAAUAAGUGAUCAGUUCCGUGAAAACUUGGAAGAUGUGAAAACUAUGCUGAAUAAGCAUUUAUUGAGACGGCUUACUGCCAUUGCUCGCUGUUUAUUUGAACUGAGGCCCCCUAGUAUUUGUACAAAGUUCAUUGCAGGCUUGAAAUGUGAAGACAAUGCCUGUGAAGACUUUCAUAGGGUUUUAUUAUAUUCUGAGAUUAAAUCGGUAUUUCAUUGUAAAAUAUACCUUGCUGCAAUAAAUAGGCUAUUGUUAGAAGCCAAGCAAAUGUUCUCAAGAGAUUUGUUUCAUGAGGCCAGUGCCAUUGAUGAACUAUUGACGGCUGAUAAGUAUGCAUUAUGCAAAUCCCUUAUAAAUGCCAUCUUUCCUAAACAUUUCCAUCUGAGAAUGAUCUCUGAAAACCCUGUGGCAUGCAAAAACAUUCUGACUCUUCGUAGUGGCUCUAGAAUUUCUAAUUCUUGUAAGAUGGUGCUGAGGGAAUAUAUCAGAUCUGAGUUUAAAAAUGAGACAGUCCGCAACAGAAGGGAGUCUACGGACUUGUGGCUGAAGACCAUGCAGGUCCUCAUGUUAAUUUCUUAUCCUGAAGAGUUUGAGAGGCUUCUUAUCAGAGAAGAAGAUGAAUAUGAUAGAGAAUUAAAACUGGCAGAAGAAAGGAUGAGAGGAAGACACAAAGGUGUAGAAGGCAAAUAUGGUAUGUUGAUGCCAGACAAAUCUGGAAGUGCUGAAAGCAUUCACUUGUGUUUCAUUCGACUCUUGCAGAAUUCCAUGGACCAGCUCUACAAUUACCGAAAUCCGGAACAGUGUAAGCACCUGUUCUUCCGUUUCAUGAAUGUCUUGGUGAAGAAAUGUGUGGAUCCUUUGGUUCCUAGUAUAGGAAACACAGUGACUUUGCUGGAAUUCCAAUUCCUUGUGGGUUGUGCUGUGCUCAUGCGCCUCUGCAAAAACAUGACACUUUGUCUUCCCAAGAGCUACAUUGCCCUCUUCCAUUACUGGGAUUUUUUAUUCACAGGGGGAGUCCGACACAAAGAUAUAUUUUCCAUCAUACAGGAGUAUAAACCAGAGAACACAAAACGAGCCAUACAAGAGUUCAAAUUUCACCUGAUGUAUUUAGCUGAUGUUUUGUGUAGGUAUGAAAAUUUCAAUGUACUCUUGGACGCUUUUAACGACCUCGAUUCCAUCACGUCUGGGGAAGCGGAACGUACUGUGGUGCUUUGUUUAGUGAUGUUAGUGAAUGCUGAUCAGGUGCUCAAGUGUAACUAUAAAGGGAUUUUAAUGGAACAUUUUCCCUCCCUCAGGGAAACCAUGAUUAAAAUGAAGAGGGAGUACCCUUCCAAAGUGCCUGAAAGAUUGUUUAAGAUGGUGGAUCUGGUGAGCAGGGCUGCUGACAUGAAAGAAGUUGUUGCAGGCCUGAAGGACUUGCUGUAUUGCCGUGAUGAAGAAUUCUUAGCUGACUGUUCUUGGAGGUGGGAUCACAGAGGAGCACGGGGUACCAGGUUUGAGGGUAACAAAGAGAUCAGAGGAAUCUAUUUCAAGAUUACAGAUUUGAACCGAUUUUCCUAUCAGGCAGAAUAUUUUGAUGAGCCAGAAGCAGAAUUUGAACAUGACAUGUAUGUUGAAGAAAGAGAAGAUCCCCUUGCCAGCAUUGCAUCGGUGCGGCAGCAAAAGCAACAGCAAAAAGCUUUUGCUAGGCGGAAAUUGCGGGGCCUCUUCCUGUUUGUCUUCUGUUGUGUUAGAUGGAAAAGAAUAUCCAGUUCAAAACCAGAGCCUCUGGAAAUGGCAUCAAGAGUCUUUAAAAAAGCAGAUAUUGACAGAACCCAGUGUGACCUCUGUGGAGUCAAGUUUCUCCAGAGUUCUUCAAGCUUUAUUCCACGGGCGGAACACUCUGAAAAAGAGCCCCCAGAACCGACAACACCAACAGAGGUUGAUUGGGAAGAGGUUGUGGAAAGAAAUGAAAACUUUGUUGCAGGUGAAACAUUUGAAAGUCACAUUAGAUUGGGUGAACAUGCAAACAAGUACAAUGCUUACCGGAAAUAUUUUGAAUAUUUUGGAAACAAAGUUGAACCCUUAAUAAACAAUGGGAUCGAUGUUUUGGAAAGGAUUGCAGAUGUAACACGUGCCAAAAAUCACUUUACCGUCAAAGAAGAAGAAAAGCUAGUACGAAGAAGGAUCGAGGAGGACAUUAAUUGUAUUUCUGAUAUGGUAGAAGACCUCUACAAGAGGAAGGCGUGGGCUGAUGCUGAAGAGACCAUGUCCAGGUUGGCUGACCAUUUGAAAUCUCAUGUAGACAAUGCUAUGAGCUGGCUAGAAAAAGCACAGUCCUCCCUGCUAAAGGAGGAAGAGUUUGACAUUGACAAAGACUUGGACAGUGAAGUAAAAGAUGAAGAGAGAACCUUUGAAGAACUGUACCACAAAAAGCCAAGAAAGAAGGGAAAAAGUAAAAGAAAAUAAUUUUUAAAUACUGAUGUUUGCUUUUAAGCUGGCUUGAGAUCUGCUUUAUUUGCCUUUUUAAAGUGCCACUGGACUGUAAUAAUAUGUACAAAAAGCUAAAAUGUGAUACUACACCAGAAAAUUUUUUAACUCCUGGGAGUAAUUUGGAUAGAAAAUUAGCAAUCAAUUAGCCUACAGUUAUUGGUGUCUGCUCUCUCCCCCCCCC